CGCCGUGCACACAGUGCGUAGUGCGUAGUGCGUGAAAGUUUAGUGAGUGAUUCUGGAAAAGUUCAGUCUGACUGAAUCUGACAUACCCGAUUCGCAAGCAAGUACUUACACACUUAGUGCAUCAAUUUUUUAAAGUGAUUUAUUAUGUUUUCAUGUAACGCGUGUUGUUAAACUGAAAUAGUUAGAAUAAAAUUAAAAAUGUCGCAAGAGUCAACUUUAUUGUAUUGUUACAAUCAUGGGUGCGGGAAAAAGUUCGAUCCAAACGAUAAUAAAGACGGAGACUGUAUUCAUCAUCCAGGUUAUCCAGUAUUUCAUGAUGCUUAUAAAGGCUGGUCUUGUUGUAACAAAAAAUGUACAGAUUUCACAGAGUUUUUAAACAUCAAAGGCUGUACAAAAUCGUGCCAUACAAAUGUAAAGCCAAAGGAGCCAGAGAAACCUAAUGUUGAUAAGACUAAGGUUAACGAAGUAAUUACAGUAACGGUUCAACCCCUUAACAAUGAACGUGUCUUAGAAAGGCCUCCUUUCGACAUUCCACAAACUACUAUAACACCAAAUGUUUCACCUAUGUUGUUAGAACAAAUUAAGGGAUUAACUUUUUUACAAUUAGAAAAUGUGUCUGGAACAAAAAUUGAAAUUGGACAAAGUUGCAAAAAUAAUGCGUGUAAAGAUGUAUAUAAAGGUCCUGCAUCGGAUAAAGAAUUAUGUAAUUAUCAUCCCGGUGCUCCUAUCUUCCAUGAAGGAAUGAAGUAUUGGUCGUGCUGUCAAAAGAAAACUACAGACUUCUCUACAUUUUUAGAACAACCAGGGUGUGCACAAGGAAAACAUACAUGGGUUUCUAAGAAUAUCAGUACAAAAAAAGAAUGCAGAUUGGAUUGGCAUCAAACAGGGACAUUUGUUGUAGUUUCUGUCUUUGCAAAAAAAUAUCAUCCAGACAAGUCUGUUAUUAAAUUAAAUCCUAUACGUUUAUCAGUGGAUUUGUCAUUUGUAGAAGAUAAUUCAAGAUAUACUUGUGAUUUAGAAUUAAGGGGGGUUGUCGAUGUUAUUCAAAGUAGUGUUAAUAUGCUUCCUACUAAAAUAGAAAUUAAAUUGAAGAAAGCUGAACCUGGAUCGUGGGCAAAACUGUAUUUCUCUAGGCAAAGUAAAGCAGGAACUAGAGAAAAUAGUACCCAGAAUGAAGAGAACAUUAGUGCACAAGUGGAAGCUGUUGAUCUUAGUGAUCUUUAAACAUUUGUGUUUAAAUAUUUUGUUAAAAAAAUAAUUAUAUUUGAUGUAUCUUUGUUUUAAGGUUAAUAAUUUAAUUUUAGAAUACAAGAAAUAUUGUCGAAAUUCCGUUCCCAAGAAAACUGC